AUGGCCACAACUACGAAAAAGGCGACGUCUCCUACUCAUACGACGGCUGCUUGUUGCGCUCCCUCGGCCGCCGGCGAUUCAGCCGCCGUAGUCCGCCGUGAGUCUGCGUCUGCCUCCGCUGCUGCUGAUUGGACUGUACCAUCUGCGACGGUCGAAGAUCAGCAGAGCAACAAAACUGCAGCCGUGGCGCCGUUAAUUAGGCCGGAGCCUUCUUCCAAUGCCACCGCUAAAGGGAUUCAGGUCAUGCCAAGGGCUCAAACCAAGCAUCCUUUGGAUCCUUUAUCUGCUGCUGAAAUCUCUGUGGCUGUGGGAACUGUGAGAGCAGCGGGUGCCACUCCUGAGGUCAGAGAUAGCAUGAGAUUUAUUGAAGUGGUUCUGUUGGAACCAGAUAAACAUGUAGUGGCACUUGCUGAUGCUUAUUUCUUUCCCCCUUUCCAACCAUCAUUGCUGGCUAGAACUAAAGGAGGACCAGCAAUUCCUUUUAAGCUCCCACCAAGGCGAGCCAGACUAGUUGUCUACAAUAAGAAGUCCAAUGAGACAAGUUUGUGGAUUGUUGAGUUGACAGAAGUACAUGCAACAACUCGAGGUGGACAUCACCGUGGAAAAGUUAUUUCCUCUAAUGUUGUUCCUGAUGUUCAGCCACCUAUGGAUGCUGCAGAAUAUGCUGAAUGUGAAGCUGUUGUCAAAGAUUACCCACCAUUUAUAGAGGCAAUGAAGAAGAGGGGUAUUGAUGAUAUGGAUCUAGUCAUGGUUGAUCCAUGGUGUGUUGGUUAUCACAGUGAGGCUGAUGCUCCUAGUCGUAGACUUGCUAAGCCACUUAUAUUUUGCCGGACAGAGAGUGACUGUCCACUGGAAAAUGGCUAUGCGCGACCAGUUGAAGGAAUUCAUGUGCUUGUUGAUAUGCAAAAUAUGGUUGUAAUUGAGUUUGAAGAUCGUAAGCUUGUUCCAUUGCCUCCAGCUGAUCCACUUAGAAACUAUACCCCUGGUGAGACAAGAGGAGGGGUAGAUAGGAGUGAUGUGAAGCCCCUUCAAAUUAUUCAGCCUGAAGGUCCAAGCUUCCGAAUCAAUGGACAUUAUGUUGAGUGGCAGAAGUGGAACUUUCGUGUUGGAUUCACUCCGAGGGAGGGUUUGGUCAUUCAUUCCGUUGCCUAUGUUGAUGGCAGUCGGGGUAGGAGACCAAUAGCCCAUAGGUUGAGCUUUGUGGAGAUGGUUGUUCCCUAUGGAGAUCCUAAUGACCCACAUUACAGAAAAAAUGCAUUUGAUGCUGGGGAAGAUGGCUUGGGGAAAAAUGCUCAUUCUCUUAAGAAGGGAUGUGAUUGUUUGGGAUAUAUAAAAUACUUUGAUGCGCACUUUACAAAUUUUACUGGAGGAGUUGAAACAAUUGAAAACUGUGUAUGCUUGCAUGAAGAAGAUCAUGGAAUCCUUUGGAAGCAUCAAGAUUGGAGAACAGGCCUUGCAGAAGUUCGAAGAUCAAGGCGUCUCACUGUUUCUUUUAUUUGCACUGUGGCUAAUUACGAAUAUGGAUUCUACUGGCACUUUUAUCAGGAUGGGAAAAUUGAAGCAGAAGUCAAACUUACUGGUAUUCUUAGUUUAGGGGCUCUUCAACCGGGAGAAACCCGAAAAUAUGGCACAACAAUUGCACCAGGGUUGUAUGCCCCUGUCCAUCAGCACUUUUUUGUUGCUCGUAUGGAUAUGGCAGUUGAUUGUAAGCCUGGAGAAGCACACAAUCAGGUGGUUGAGGUGAAUGUCAGAGUCGAGGAGCCUGGAAAUGACAAUGUUCACAAUAAUGCAUUCUAUGCUGAGGAAACUUUACUCAGAUCUGAAUUAGAAGCUAUGCGUGAUUGUGAUCCACUAUCCGCCCGCCAUUGGAUUAUAAGGAACACAAGAACUGUCAACCGGAGUGGACAACUGACAGGCUACAAGUUAGUGCCUGGUUCAAAUUGUUUGCCAUUGGCUGGUCCUGAGGCUAAAUUUCUGAGGAGAGCUGCAUUUCUGAAACAUAAUCUAUGGGUUACACAGUAUGCACGCGGGGAGGAUUUUCCUGGAGGAGAGUUUCCUAACCAGAAUCCACGUGCCGGGGAAGGAUUGGUCUCAUGGGUUAAACAAAACCGGCCUCUUGAAGAAAAUGAUAUUGUUCUCUGGUACGUGUUUGGCAUUACACAUGUUCCUCGAUUGGAAGACUGGCCUGUUAUGCCCGUGGAACACAUUGGUUUUGUGCUUCAGCCACAUGGAUUCUUCAACUGUUCACCUGCAGUCGAUGUGCCACCUAAUGUUUGCGAGAUUGAUGCGAAGGAGAGUGAUGUUAAAGACAGCAGUGUAGCUAAGCCCACUUCAUCUGCUGCUCUAAUAGCAAAGCUGUGAAGGGAUGCAUAUAAAUCAUUCUCACCUACAUCUCCAUGCAGGAAACCUUGCUACUCUGCGGAGCGUGUUGGAUAUGGGUGUGACUGUACAUAGUGGUUUAAACUUCCUUUUCAGUUUGGAGCAUUCUAGUUUGUUCGAGACACAAAUUAUUGUUUUAGUAUUUUUGUUUGACUGUGUUGCAACUUUGUGGAGUUUUUGAGUACUUUAUUUGUAGCUUAAAUCCAUUGUUAUAAGGAAAAAUAAGAUGCCCAUCAACUGCCC